AUGAAGACGCCGGAGGAGCGAGGUAACGGUGGUAUCGGCCGGACGCGGUUCGCGAGCGAGGCGGAGGGGCGGAAUGAAAGCGCGGUUUCGCGACUGGCGAGAGAAGAGGAGGCGCGCGAGAGUGACUCGCCCACUCCGUUCACAGAGAUUAAGGAGUUCCUACGCCGAGGGGUGAUGGACAGAGAGCGAGUUUCGAGGAUGGGAACGAUUGGUGGGGCGUUCGGUGGAGGCACGGUGUUGGAGAAGUCGCCAACGUCGCCGUUCGAGCGCGCUCCGGCAUUUGAAACGCGCGCGAUGCCGACUCUGGAGCGACCGGCGGCGACGCCAAGCGCGAACGAUGGACAGGGUGCGGCGUCGCCGGGUUACGCCUCGGUGCGUAGAUCGUAUGGUGCUUCGGGGACUCCAUCGCUCCUAGGCACGCGCGGACGACCAAUGACGAAACCGACGAUUUUGGAACCACCUACGGAGCAGGCGCUGACGCCACCACGCACAAGCCUCAAGCGCGAGCGCGAGCUCACGUUCAUGGACCUCGAGCGCGAGCGCGCUCGGGUGACGACGCCAAGACGAUUGGAGCCAAACGCGCACAGUCCGGGCCCGGGUGCGCUCGCACGUGAGUCUGAGGUGCCGACGUAUCAGACUCCAACGGCGAAGACCGUGACUAGCGCCGUUACUACAGACACCGCUCGACGCAUUUUGCAGCGGUUGGAUCAACUGGCAGGCGGACGCACGGCAACGCCAACGAUCGCUACGGCGCCGAGACAGUCAUUGUUCGCGACCAGGCCGGCGCAGACGCCGAAGGUCAACGAGUUGACGCCGACGUCGGCGACAUUUGUGCAAACGCCGAAGUCUGGCGUUUCAUUCGCUGCAUCACCAAUGCCGUUCAUAAGCUCGUCUUCCAGUCGCCCACCGACGACACCUUAUCCUACCGGAGAUUUGAUCCAGACAGAGACGGAGACGCCCAACUUGAAGUUCAAGUUUGGAGAAGACAACGUUCUUCUCGCCACUGGGAAGAAGCCGAAAGCUCCUUCCGGACCCGUGUCCGAGGUGAGCGCAAAGUUUACCUUUGGUGAAGGUGAGAGCACACCGUUGUUCCCUAAGAAGACUGCUCCCCCACCGUUGAAGACGUCAGCGCCACCACCGCCGAAGCCCGCGGAGGAAUCGAAGAAAGCUGACGACGCACCGGCGAGUAAACCCGUCGUCAAAAAUUUGUGGAGCGCCGACUUUUUGGCGAAAAAUCAGGAACACCAGAAGAAGGUGCAGGCGGCCAUUGAUGAAGAAGAAAAGGCGUCGGCAAAGCCAUCGGGUACGCCGUCCCCGUUCGCGCCAGCACCUGCGACUACCGGAGACAAGUCUGCUUUCGCGUUUGGCAUUCCCGCCUCUGGCGCCGGGCCAUCAUCGAGCACUGGUGCCGCCGGAUUCUCUUUCGGUUCCACUGCGCCUGCUGCGACAGGAGCGGCGGCCGGGUUUUCCUUUGAAACGACAGCACCGGCUAAAGUGGAUGAAACACCGAAGGCUGCGUCUGAUUCCGGUUUGCUUGCCUUCUUGGGCGCGUCUUCGGGCGCGGCGGAAACGGCUGCACCGUCAAGCGCGCCCACAUUUACUUUCGGUGCGCCGCCGAAGUCGCCCGAGAAUGUCCCCGUCAAGGCACCUGAGCCCACGCCUACGUUUAAGUUCGGCAUGCCCGAGGAGAAACCAGUGCGCGCUGCGGUGGCCACUCCGUUCACUUUCGGUGCAAAGACUGAAGAGAAGAAGGAACAGCUCUCCGCGUCCGCACCCGCGUUCACACCUGCGGCACCGAAAACAACUGAGCCGCCAGCGUCGACGCCAUUCACGUUUGGUACCGCCGUGCCUGCGAAGGACGACUCCAAACCCGCUGGUGAAGUGCCGAAACCGUUAUUUAGCUUUGGCGGAUCAUCCUCGGCGACGCCCACGGAUGACGCGCAGAAGCCAGCUUCUGGUGGGUUCACGUUUGGAGCUUCGACCGCGGUGGCUAGCGACGCGCCAAAGCCGGCCUCUGGCGGUUUCUCUUUCGGGGCGUCGAAGUUGGAGACGCCGAAGGAAGACAAUCCAAAGCCGAUCUCCGGUGGGUUUACCUUUGGCGCGAGUUCUACCGCGGCAGCGAGCGAAGCGCCCAAGCCGGCCUCUAGUGGAUUUACGUUCGGUGCGAGCUCAACGGCGGCAGCUAGCGAUGCACCCAAGCCUGCGUCGAGUGGGUUUACAUUCGGGUCCUCGGCGCCAAAGGAAGACGCGCCUAAGCCGGCCUCGGGAGGUUUCACCUUCGGCGCAACAGCAGCAAAGGACGACGCGCCGAAGCCAGCUUCUGGCGGGUUUACUUUCGGGGCCUCUGGCGACGCUAAACCCGCCUCUAGCGGUGGUGGCUUUGCGUUCGGCGGCACGAGUGCGAGUGGAGCGGCGUCGGGCGGAUUCACGUUUGGCGGUUCUACCGCCGCCCCGGCGGCGACCGGAGGUGGCUUCACGUUUGGAGCUUCCACAAGUAGCGCUCCCGCGUCCACUCCUUUCGGCGGCGGUCUCACGGUGAAGACUCAGGCGGCUGGAGCGAGUGUCUUUGGUCAAUCGAAGGCCGACGAACAACCGCCCACACCGGAGCCCAUGAGCCCUUUCGAGACUAGCAAGUCGCCCGUCGCUGCGGCGCCCGCCUUCGGAGGCUCGGGUUCGGCGAACCCAUUCGGAGGCGGUUCGUCCGCAGGUGCCAACCCAUUCGGGGGAUCAUCCACGGGCGUGAAUCCGUUUGGAGCCGCUAGUUCUACGCCUGCGUUCGGCAGUACGAGUUCUGCGCCGGCUACCGGUGGCGGUGCGAAUCCAUUCGGAGGUGCAAGCUCUGCACCAGCUUUCGGCGGCGGCGCUCCAGCGUUCGGCGGCGGCGCUCCAGCAUUCGGCGGCGCGCCCGCUUCCGCGAACCCGUUCGCCGCGGGUGCCGGCGGUGCGCCGGGUGGUGGUUUCUCUAUGGGUGGUGCCGGCGGUGGCGAAGCUCAGGGAGGUCGAAAACCUCUUCGAAAGUUCAAACGCCCACCAAAGAGAUGA